AUGGGUGAAGAGUUCCAACUAAAGGUAAGAGAUGGUGUGAAGACCAUUCCCCUCCCAGUGUCUCAAAUGGAAGUGCGUUCAUCAAGGAUCAUGCAUCCAAGUCCCAGAAGUUUGUUAUCCAAGACGAUGAGUGCUCACAUGGAUGAUCUCACUGCAAGAGUAGACGCAGUUAAGGAAGACAAUCUGGAGCUAAAAUCAGAAACUCGAGUCCUUGGACAGUAUAAAGAAAAUCUCAUGUCAGCUUCUAGUGUUUUUCAAACAGCUGACACAAAAAGCAAAAAAAAAAAAAAAAAAGUAGGGGAUUGA